CUCCAGUGAGUCCACAACAAACACGUCGCAGAGAGAUAAGAGCCACGACGAGAGCGAACCCUUCCGUGGAUCGGCUCUACUUUUUAAAACACACACACACGCACACACGCCUCCGAGUGACAGUGUUUGUUCCCGUGGGUCCGUGGAGUACACACACACCUCUCGCUGCUCUGACACUGCGCAGUUUACGGAGCGAACGUCAAACUCCGCAUUUUCGACACGUUUGAGCUACUGACGCUGAUGGGACAUGGCAAUGGCCUCUCCAUCAACAUCAACCACAGGAUCACCUAUGGCGUCUGACUCGGCGCUCUCCUGCCAAGGGGGCAUCGAUGCCCUGAAGAUGAAGGUGGGGCCCGUGAGGAGGAAUCUCUUUGGGCCUUUGGACCACCAGCAGCUGCAGCAGGACUUCCAGAGGCUGCUCUGCAUGAGCGUGGAGAUGGCCAACAAGCGGUGGAACUUCGAUUUCCAGGCCGACGUGCCGGGAGAGGGCUCCAACAUUGAGUGGGAGGAGCUCAAGUGCCAGGAUGUCCCGGCGUUUUACCACAGCUGCAUGGUGAGGCCGGUCGUUGGGCCCGGGGACGAGGCAAAGAAGGGGAUGAAGCGGACGUUGUCCUCCUUAGGCGAGGCUUCCCCGACGUCCAGCAGCUCGUCUGGGUCUGGGGAUGAGUACUUGGAGGUGACCACCAGGAGGUGCUACAGACGGCAGAAGCCAGGGAAACGUCGACAGUCUGCCAUCACAGAUUUCUUCAAGGUGAAGAAGAGCAGGCUUGUGCACUACAAAGCUUCCUCCCGGCUAUGAAAAGCACAACGAGACCCGGUGGAGGAUAAGUGGUCCCGAUCCCUCCAGGUGUCACCUCACAUAGAUAUGUCUCAUAUCUUAUGUAUAUUUGUAGCAAUUUGUAACUGACUGUCCACAAGCUCAUUGAGCAUGGGCUUACAAAACUCCUCUGACACCACGUACCUUUAAUCUUUCAGCACAAGGAAGCUACAGUUUUUGUAGUUAAUCAAGCUUGGAUUCUACAGUUUUUGUAGAUAAUUAUAAAUUUGAUAUAUAUAUAUAUACUGUAUAUAUUCUAUAUACUGUUUUCCUUAGCUGACUAUACUGUGAAAUCUUUUUUGAAUGCACUCUUUCAGGAAAUAACAGAAAACAGGCUUAAGUUCCUGGAGGUUUAGUUUCCUCUGAACGUGCCUCGGAUAGUAUUUGACCUCAGUCCUUGACCUUUUUGUCUCCCUCUUGCUAAAAGUCAUGAGAGGUUUCGAUUAGAUGAGUGACUAUUCCUGGCCUCACAUCACACUCAGCCUUAAGUCUCACUCUGAUCGCUCGGAGUCAAAACCUCACCCAGGGUUAAAAAUGUCAGCAGCUCGUCUGCGAUUAGCGCCAGGUUAAAGGUCAACGGUGGAGGUUUGGCGAUGAGGUAAUGCAGCCACACCCUGUAGGAUAGUGACUUCAAAUUCAGAGUAAUAAUUGUUACUCUGUUUUCCAUAUGUGACUAUUUAUUUAUUAUUUCACGAUGCUAGAUCAUCAACUAAAUAAAGUACAAAAUAAAAAAAAGGAUAAUGUGUAAAGCGAGGUCAGAUAAGUUGUCUUUGGAAACCUGUGCCAUUUCCCCCAAAUUAAAGACUAUAAGUCAUCAUGGCUCAUACAUUACUCCACCGUAUCGCCCAUUAUAUUUAACACCAUCACAACAUAGCAAAAAAUAUACAAAUUGCAAACUAUUUCCUUUUUGCUUUGUAUUAUUUGCAUAAUGGGGUUGUAAAGAUCUAUAUUUUGGCAACGGACCAGAACAUACCUUAUUUAGUUGUAUGUUUUUUUUAUUUUCAGUGAUGUAGCAUUUUAAAUGCGCCUCUUUUCUCCAUUAAGGGACUGUAGGAUUUAUAUCACUGUGUUGCAGCUCAAAAGGAAUCGAAACCUUUGGCUGUAUGUUUAUUUUGGUAAUUAUUCUUAUUUUUUUUAAAUGAUCAGAUGACCUGCUUCACAUUUUCUAUCGCUGUGCAGUUUUUAAGUGUUUUAUCGUGUCUGUGUGCAUACGUGUUUGUGUACGAAUGUGUCGGUGUGGUUUUUUUUAUCUUCGGGUUUUCACCAGUAGUAAAAAUUGUGGCAGCUGAGGCAGUUGAACCAAAGAGAAAAUCGCUGUGCCAUUCAAUGAGGAACACAUCAUUGAAACAAGUUGCUUACGGUUUGAGUGAUCGGUCAUGGGUCACAGAAGGUCACGUCUCCAAAUAUUCAACUAUCAAGUGAAAGCGCACAAAGAAAGAAAAAAAAGUCUGUUCUUAAAAAUCCGUUUUUCUACAUUAACGUGAUCCGUAACUUUAAGUUGACUCAAACUGGAUGUGCCUAUUUUCUCUCACUACCUACAAUAAUUUAGUUUGCAUUAGAAUAAAAAGCCAUAACCUGAAUUAAUCCACUCUUACUACCUCAUCAUUCAGUUACACAAAAAAAGAAAAAAAGAACAAUGCUCAGGUCGUUUGUGUUUUCAGGCAGGAAAUAAAGCGACGAUUCUGUUGUGGUUAAAAGCUGGAGAGGGUUCAGCGCCGAAGUGUAGAGUUUCACAUAAGGUAAAAGAGUCAGUGUGUCAGAGCAGAGAGGGGGGGGCCCGCUCCGAGCAGAGGAAACUCUGGUCCCUCUAGGAGGAGGGGGCUGGGUUGUUUUGCUCUCUCUCACUGCCUCACUCUGCUUUGACAGCUUCGCAGAAACAGACAGAGCAGAGGAGUAAAGUGUUUGUGGGAAUGAGAGAAAGGAAUAAGAAGUUUCUCUAAAGCGAGAUACUUCAGGGGAACACAACAGAUCCUGGACGCAAAAGCAUUUCUCCCUCCACACAAGAGGCCUGUGAUUUAGCUUUUGUCUGCCCCCCCCCAAACCCCUCAAAAAGUCACACAGUCCCUCUUUCAUAAACCAACCGCCUCAGUCUCUGCAAAGAAUUGUCUUGAAAGCAGCCGCUCAUAAUCAUGUUAACACAACGUUGGCUUUUUUUCCCGGCUCUACACGGCUGUUUCCUCCCAGAUUUAAACAGAGCACACGUGGCUAUUUAAAAUAGUUCAUCAGGAUUACUUGUUUUUGUUAAUUUAUCUAUGUGUGUGAGUGUGAGACCGUGUUUUGUUCGUGUGCAACUAUCCUCUCAGCGUGUUAAAGACAAAACUUUCAAUGUCUAUAUUAACUUAUUUUGAGUUUCUAUCUUUUUUGUUGUGCAGGGAACUAAUUACAAAUUCCCCUUUUUUUUUUGUUGCUAUAGUUAACUAAUUGUGUUAUUUCUGAAACUACAUCUUUGCACUACUUAAAACAUUGUUGACGAGAAAUAUUUUUUUUAAGUAAUCUUAAAAAGAAGAACACACAAAUCCUCAUUGAGAAACUGAGGCACAGAUUAGGAAUUUCUUGACAAAAAAGACGUUUUCCUCCCAUUGGACCUUUCACGCUCAAAUUUUUAAGUCCAUUGGCAGGAAAUAAAUUAUAAUGAUGGAGUCAAGACAGAUGUGUUAGUGCCCAAGCAAACUCUGCUUUCCUAAUUCAACUGUCGCAGCUAUAUCACAAAUGUAGUGUUCUCUAUUACUUUUGUAUAUGCAUAAUUUAUCUUUUUUGAUAGAGAUAUUUGUAUAGAAACUGUUGAUGAGUUGUUGGUGCACUGUUGCCUUUUUUACAAUGUUGAUCACAUAGUGUGCUGAGAAUAAUUAAAUGUAAAUGAAUGUUAAACCUUAAAAA